GGAGCCUUAUUAUCACCGAUAAAAAAAAAUUCCAACAAAAAGGCGAUUCUUCGCUUUGCCUUCUUCAAAUCUCUCAAAACCAAAUCUCAAUCACCUUCCAUGGUCGUCAUCUCUUUCCUUCUUUUUUGCUCACUUUCUCCUCGAAGAAUCGCUUAAUGAUUUUCUUGUCGCUCUGUUUUAGGAUUUCACUUUGAAUUGUCGUAGGGAUUGAACCGAAGCUCAAUUAUAACGAGAAUUAGGAGAUUUUUGUUUGUUUGUUUGUUUGGAAUAAGGGUUGUUGGUUAAGAUGGACAAGUACGAGCUGGUGAAGGACAUAGGCGCUGGAAAUUUCGGAGUGGCGAGGCUCAUGAAGGUCAAAAACUCAAAGGAGCUUGUUGCCAUGAAGUACAUCGAGCGUGGUCCCAAGAUCGAUGAGAACGUGGCGAGAGAGAUCAUAAAUCACAGAUCACUUCGCCAUCCUAACAUCAUCCGCUUUAAAGAGGUUGUGUUGACUCCGACUCAUCUUGCUAUUGCCAUGGAGUAUGCUGCUGGUGGUGAACUUUUCGAGCGUAUUUGCAGUGCUGGAAGAUUCAGUGAAGAUGAGGCGAGAUACUUCUUCCAGCAGCUUAUAUCAGGUGUUAGCUAUUGCCAUGCUAUGCAAAUAUGCCAUAGAGAUCUGAAGCUCGAGAAUACACUCCUUGAUGGAAGUCCUGCUCCACGUCUCAAAAUCUGUGAUUUUGGUUAUUCCAAGUCCUCUCUGCUGCACUCCAGGCCCAAAUCAACAGUUGGAACUCCAGCAUAUAUUGCACCUGAAGUCCUUUCUCGCAGAGAAUACGAUGGCAAGAUGGCUGAUGUAUGGUCCUGUGGUGUAACUCUUUAUGUCAUGCUGGUUGGAGCCUACCCAUUCGAAGACCAGGAAGAUCCCAAAAACUUCAGGAAAACAAUACAAAAAAUCAUGGCUGUUCAGUACAAGAUCCCGGACUACGUCCACAUCUCACAGGAUUGCAAACAUCUCCUUUCCCGUAUAUUUGUGGCCAACUCACUCCAGAGGAUAACCAUUGCAGAAAUCAAGAAACACCCAUGGUUCAUGAAGAACUUGCCAAGGGAACUCACAGAGACAGCUCAAGCUGCGUAUUUCAGAAAAGAGAAUCCGACCUUCUCACUCCAAACCACAGAAGAGAUCAUGAAGAUAGUGGAUGACGCCAAAACGCCCCCGCCUGUUUCCAGGUCCAUUGGAGGUUUUGGCUGGGGAGAUGAAGAAGGGAAAGAGGAAGAAGAGGUGGAUGAAGAGGAGGUGGUGGAGGACGAGGAAGAUGAGUAUGAUAAGACUGUAAAGCAAGUACACGCUAGUGGAGAAGUGAAAAUCACUUGAUUUUUCUUUUGUGUCAAGAAGAAAAAGUAAUCGUUGGUUUGUUGGAACUAAAAGUCUCAGUUUUUGUGUUUGCCUUGCUACUUUGUGAUGAGAGUCCUUGCUAGUUGCUACUGUGACUUCGUAAUAAUUUUUUGUAAAUUAUCAUUUUUGACUUUUUAGGACAAUUUGUCUAUUUAAUUUAUACUCCCUCCGGUUUUUUUA